AUGCAGAUGCAUGCGCAUACGUAUAACAUAUCGCAUAUCGUAUAUUGCAUAUCGCAUAUUGCAUAUUGCAUAUCGCAUAUCGCAUAUCGCAUAUCGCAUAUCGCAUAUCGCAUAUCGCAUAUUGUGUAUCGCGUAUCGCAUAUCGCAUAUCGCAUAUUGCAUAUCGCAUAUUGCAUAUUGCAUAUUGCAUAUUGCAUAUUGCAUAUUGCAUAUUGCAUAUUGCAUAUUGCAUAUUGCAUAUUGCAUAUUGCAUAUUGCAUAUUGCAUAUCGCAUAUCGCAUAUCCCAUAUCGCUGCAUAUAUGGCAUAUCGCAUAUCACAUACCGCAUAUCGCAUAUCGCAAAUUGCAUAUCGCUGCAUAUCGCAUAUCGCUGCAUAUCGCUGCAUAUUGCAUAUCACAUAUAUGCAUAUAAUAUAUGCACAUAUAUGA